CCGAGCACUCGCGUCCGCCCUCCACAUAUCUGAGUAAUUCGAAUCGCGCGGCAUCGUUGUCGCGUCACAUUGAUCAACAUGUAUGGCAUGAAUCAGGCGUACAAUGCUGGCGGCGGCGACCCCAGCGCGCAGGUGCCGAACCACCUUCUCGCCCACGUCCAUCUGGUGUCUUCGUACCGCUUCCCUGUCCUGCCACAGCUACGACCGGAGCAAGCAGUCGAGCAUCUCACCAAAGGACCUCAAAUAGUGCGCGACACAUCGCCCGUCGCCUGGACGUACUUCUCAUCACCACCGCAAGAUGGCACCGUCAUCCUCACAUGGCAGCCUCCUAGAAUGGGGACACACUUUGCCUCCGAUGGGAUGGUCUGGGCAGACCCCGAGCAGACGUUUGAAAUGCCGGUCCGCGGCUACACAUUGCAAGUGCUUGUCCACAACACGGGCUACCACUAUCCCCACGAGCCAUUUGCUAUGCACUCUCGAUACCGAUACAGACUCACCGCGGGGCCAGGCACCAUCGACCCGAACCUGUGGCUAGUACACUACAAGCCUGCAGACCAGCAACACAGACUUGCCGCAGGCCAGAUCCCCGUACCACGAGAGACCCAGGCUACGCUGCAGAUGCGCGCCCAGCUUCAGGCCGCCGGACCCCUCAUGCGCAAGGAGUUUAUGCUGCACGAUGCGUCCAAUUGGCCUAAAGUCGAGUUCGGACAGCAAGCAGCGAUGCGCCAGCAACAGCAGCCAUACUACAACCCCAUGCAGCCCGGGCGACCCUAUGUAGCGCAGCCACCGCCAGCAAAGCGUAUGCGCGGCGCCCCUCCUGCGCAGGUCCGCCCACCAAUUGCUGGAGCAGCACUUCCAGACACCUCUCUGGAGGAUGAGGAGAAUGCCACGCAAGAUGCCUUCGACUUCCUGACGCCCCGCGAAAUCAGCUUGUCGAGAUACAAGCAGCAUCACGAGUGGAUGGAGGAAAUCUUCUCAUCGCCAUACGCUGUGGGGAGCAUUGCGCCUAUUGACCUUGGUUUGGGUCUGAUGGGCGAGCUGGCUCCUCUGACAGUGGGCAUUUUGGAUGUUCCAGGCGCUGAGAAUCCGGACACUGCCAAAGACAACUACAAGAUCAAAGAUUACUACAAGAUGAACCCUGAGCACCUCAAGGACUUCGAGAAGCGCGUUGCCGAAUACACAAAGAAUGAGCAGGCUGAGAUCGAAAAGAUGAAGGCCGACCACGCACGCAAAAUGGCUCAGUUGAAGCGGACAAGAAUCUACAUCAAGGCCGAGAGGAGGCUGCGAGAUCUCUCGCGCACAGCAGCAAACGAAGACGAAGGCACGGAUCCGUCAGACAGCGUUGUUCGAGAUUUGGAGAAGUCUUUGGGAGCCACGUUCGACGCGAAGAAGUCCGUGGUUUGUGUGGACAAGGGAGGCUUCAUCGAAAGGCAACCAUCUCCACCCCAGAAGGCGCAAGUAAACGGGGACGGCACACAAUCAAAUCCUAAUGGCGCUUCCAACGGCUCCAACAACGACGGUGCAUCGGAUUUCGACAACACCGCUGCAAGCUUGCUCGACCAGUACGGAACCGGUUCUUUAGCAGGGACACCCAGUAACAUCUCGAUGCCGCGUAUGUCGCAACCUCCGAGUCAGUCACAGUCAGCGGUCGGUACACCUAGUCUACUGACUGGGAACGCUGCCCAGCAACAGACAUUUGAUCAACAAACACCGCAGCUUGACACAGAUGCCGGCAACGAUCUUCUGGAUCUGGACGUCGAAAUGUCUGGUAUGACAAACGCGGAUGAGAAGGCAGCCGACGACUGGGUUGUUGUGGACGAGCAAGCGGGCAAUGCUCAGCAGUCUGGUAGCAACCCUCAGCCAGCCACGAACAACAACACAACGACAAACGACCAUAAUACACUAGGUCAGUCUGCUGUUGAUGCUGAUGCAGGUAGCAUGUUCGAUAGUGUCCCCGACUUUACAAACUUCGACGGUAUCGACACCGCUGGUGAUGCUCUUGCAGACUUCGGACAGGACGACAACAUGGGCCUCGGCGAUCUUGUAGAUGACUCGGCGUUUGGUGACGCCUUCCAUGAGGAGAUGGGUGGUGGUGGGAAUAACGCAUGAGCCUCAUGAAUAUGUGCGAGGGCGCGAUAUGCUUGUGGUACUAGCGAUCAGUUGCUUUGGUUCUGUGCGAAUUGGCGUACAGGGGAACAGAGUAUCACUACAGGAGCACGACGAGUCCCUUCGGCCUAUAGGCUCCUUCUGAUGUUUGUAUAAGUACGAAGAUAAGAAUUGCAAGGAUUCAGACGAGCGCAGUGUUGGCGCUUUCAGACUUGUCUACGGCAACCAUUAAGGGCCAUGAUCCCGGCUGCAUACCAUGACGACCCUCGAGACAGGUUAUCGGAUCUCAGCGCGGCAUGUAAAUACAUCUAUGUCUUCCAGCGCAGUUAGGUUCUGGUUUAGAUCGAUGUGGU